AGCCCAGCCCAGCCAGACGCCUCCCACAGUGGAAAUGAAGACAAUGCCUGCUGGCCCGUGUGGGGAGGAGAUGUAGAGGGCAGCGGCACCGGCCGCUCUUGGCACCAUGGACGAUGCCGCGGUCCUAAGGAAGAAGGGUUACAUCGUGGGAAUCAAUCUAGGCAAAGGCUCCUACGCAAAAGUCAAAUCCGCCUACUCUGAGCGCCUCAAGUUCAAUGUAGCAGUUAAGAUCAUCGACCGCAAGAAAACACCCACUGACUUCGUAGAGAGAUUCCUUCCUCGGGAGAUGGACAUCCUAGCAACUGUCAACCACCGUUCCAUCAUCAAGACGUAUGAGAUCUUCGAGACUUCUGAUGGGCGCAUCUACAUCGUCAUGGAGCUGGGCGUCCAGGGUGACCUCCUUGAGUUCAUCAAGUGCAGAGGAGCACUGCAUGAGGAUGUGGCUCGCAAGAUGUUCCGCCAGCUGUCCUCCGCUGUCAAGUACUGCCACGACCUGGAUGUUGUCCACCGAGACCUCAAGUGUGAGAACCUUCUGCUCGACAAAGACUUCAACAUCAAGCUGUCAGACUUUGGCUUCUCCAAGCGCUGCCUGCGGGAUGGGAGUGGGCGCAUUGUCCUCAGCAAGACCUUCUGUGGGUCUGCAGCGUAUGCAGCCCCCGAGGUGCUGCAAGGUAUCCCCUACCAGCCCAAGGUGUAUGACAUCUGGAGCCUUGGUGUGAUCCUGUACAUCAUGGUCUGUGGCUCCAUGCCCUAUGAUGAUUCUGACAUCAAAAAGAUGCUGCGCAUUCAGAAGGAACACCGCGUGGACUUCCCCCGCUCGAAGAACCUAACAGGCGAGUGCAAGGACCUCAUCUACCGCAUUCUGCAGCCAGACGUUAACCGGCGGCUGCACAUCGAUGAGAUCCUCAGCCACUCCUGGCUGCAGCCCCCCAAGCCCAAAGCCAUGUCUUCUGCCUCCUUCAAGAGGGAGGGAGAGGGCAAGUACCGGGCUGAGUGCAAAUUGGACACCCGGCCAGGCUCAAGACCCGAACACCGGCCUGAUCACAAACUGGGGGCCAAAACCCAGCACCGGCUGCUGGUGGGGCCUGAAACUGAGGACAGAAUGGAGGAAAGGCUGGCCGAGACCUCCAGAGCUAAAGACCAUCACAUCUCCGGAGCUGAGGUGGGGAAGGCAAGCACCUAGUGGUGGACAGGGCCCCGGGGGGGCAUGGUGCAGUUGGCACUCACAUAAACUAAGUAGGCAAGUAGGAGCGGAAGAAGGCACAGGUGCAAGGAACAAGUAAAAUCCGUCAAUUAAACCACUAUUUUGAUUACGUUCUAUUAGCUUUCUUCCACUUAGUAGCAAAGACCUUAACUACUGACCACCAAAUAAACCACAAAGUGUAUACAAG